UUGCAGCCGCGGGCUGAGCCGGUAUCUCCCUCCCUGGAGAGGGUCAGGCCUGGCCUGGGCGAGGGCUGGGACUUUCUGGAGGAAAAGGGAAGAAGGAGGAAGGCGUUUUCCCGGUCGUAGCCUGGACGAGGGAAGGAAGGGAGGAAGGUUGGAGCCGGAGCUGUGUGUGGAUUUAGAGCCCUCCUGGGUUCCAGCGGGGGCCCCCCAGAUGGGCUAAGGAUUUCCAUCAUUUCCAGCAGGAGCUGCCUCCCCCGCCACCCCAGGCAAAAGGAAUGGAUGUAGUCCAUAGUUGAGCACCUGAAUAAAAUCCAGUCGUAUUGAAGUUUCUUUUCCACAGUCGACGAGAAGGGACUCUGUACUCAGAUGAAGACCAUUUGCUGCUCAACGGAUCACCAGCUGUGAAAGAGGAUUCUUGCUCCAAGACGAUAUAUUUGCACGGGGAAAAUCGGCAUUUCCGCUGCCGUGGAGUGAAGACCAUGGAACUGUCAGACAGCGACCGUCCUGUUAGCUUUAGCUCCACAUCAUCUUCUGCCUCUUCCAGGGAUAGUCACUGUUCCUUUGGCAGCAGGAUGACCUUAGCAUCGAACAGUCAUUUGGGUCUCUUUAACCAGGAUAAGGAAGCAGGGGCCAUAAAACUAGAGCUGAUUCCAGCUAGGCGAUUUUCCAACAAUGAACUACAGAGAAAUAGCCCAGCAGAAAAACAGAACCUAGAGGAAAACAGUGAAAAGAGGCAGAGUGUUCCGAGGAAAACAGAGUCAAAAGGAGCAAGCAAAAGUGGUGCUGUGUCCCUGGCCGCAGAAGCCAGCAAAGCUCCAAAGCUCCUGUAUGUGGACAGAGUUGUACAAGAAAUCCUGGAAACUGAGAAGACCUAUGUGCAAGAUUUAAAGAGCAUUGUGCGGGACUAUCUUGAUUGUAUCACUGACCAAACCAGGCUUUCUUUGGGGACUGAAGAGCGAUCAGCCCUAUUUGGAAACAUACAGGACAUCUAUCAUUUCAACAGUGAACUCUUGCAAGAACUGGAAAACUGCGAAAAUGAUCCCGUGGCCAUAGCAGAAUGUUUUGUUUCUAAGAGUGAAGAUUUUCACAUUUACACUCAGUACUGCACCAAUUAUCCAAGAUCAGUUGCUGUGCUUACAGAAUGCAUGAGGAACAAAAUGUUGGCCAAGUUCUUUAGAGAUCGCCAGGAGGCUCUUCAACACUCCUUGCCUCUGGGAUCUUACCUCUUGAAGCCUGUUCAACGAAUUCUGAAGUAUCAUCUACUCCUGCAUGAAAUAGAAAACCACCUGGACAAGGACACAGAAGGUUACGAUGUAGUGCUUGAUGCCAUAGACACAAUGCAGAGGGUGGCUUGGCAUAUUAAUGACAUGAAGAGGAAACAUGAGCAUGCUGUCAGAUUACAGGAGAUACAAAGUUUACUCACUAAUUGGAAAGGACCAGACCUGACUAGUUAUGGGGAGUUGGUGUUAGAAGGAACCUUCCGUAUCCAACGAGCCAAAAAUGAGCGUACUUUGUUCCUCUUCGACAAACUGCUCCUUAUCACAAAGAAAAGAGAAGAAAUGUUUACGUACAAAGCUCAUAUACUGUGUGGCAACCUCAUGCUUGUGGAAGUAAUACCGAAAGAACCAUUUAGCUUCAGUGUCUUCCAUUAUAAGAAUCCCAAAAUACAACACACUGUGCAGGCUAAAUCCCAACAAGAUAAACGACUUUGGAUUCUCCACCUGAAAAGACUUAUUCUGGAAAAUCACCCAGCUAAGAUUCCAGCUAAGGCCAAGCAAGCAAUUCUAGAAAUGGAUGCCAUUCAUCAUCCAGGAUUCCAUUAUAGCCCUGAGGGAGAAAUGAAAGCACAUUGCAGUCCUAAGGAAGGUUUCAGCUCACAUCGUAUGAGAAGAAAAUCAGAACCAUCUUCCAGAGCCCAUAAAGUUUUGAAGCCCAGUCAAACAACUCAAGAUCUGCAAAAGAUUUCCAAAGAGGAUGAAGGGUCACCUCAGCUGAACACAGACACUCCAUUUCCUACCUCAGCUGGACAGCCCCCAAGACAGCAAAGCACUCAGCAGAACAGUUCCAUCCUCAUGAAUAUUCUGGGAGGUGGUGGGAAUGCCAUGAGGAACAUCUGGACUGACCAUCAGGUCCGGCAAGCCCUGUUUCCCAGCAGACGGUCCCAUCAGGACAAUGAAGAAGAUGAAGAUGAUUAUCAGAUGUUCGUGCCAUCAUUAUCUUCCUCUGAUUUGGACUCCGCCAGAUUGUGUGAAGAGAGCGGCACUGCAAGCCGCCCAUGUAGCUGGCACAUGGGACUGAUGCGCCCAGCUGAGAUCUCCAGUCCUGGACACAGGAUCGUUAGGCGGGCCAGCAGCGCUGGUGAAAGCAAUACUUGCCCAACUGAGGCAAGAAAUAGAGACAGCGAUCACAUCCAGCAUGGCUCCCACAGAGAAGAGAGAAGCAGUGCUAAAGCAGAUGUGAGUGAAGCAAAUGCCCACUUAGCAGCAGAGUUAACCAUUGAUGACAUAGAUCACGUCUACGAUAACAUAAGCUAUGAAGAUUUGAAGUUAAUGGGUCUUGCUAGAAGGGAAGGUUCUGAAUAUACUCCUCAGAAAUUGGACAGAGGUUCGGUUUGUGGGGACCACUCCAAAAACAGUUCAGAUGUAGCUUCCCCUAAUUGGCAGAUUAACGACAAGGCCUCUGCUCCUAACAAAAAGGAUGAAAUCUUGAUCGGUAGAGAUGCAUCUAAUGGGGAGUCACAUGAGCUCAGAGUCGAUGAGGAGAACAUCUAUGAUACCAUAGGGCUCCCAGACCCUCUCUUGCUUAAUUUCAAGUGCAACAGUUUAAAGUGCGCUAAAAGGACCAGUUUUCUAGGUUUGGAAACAGAUUUUGCUUGCUGUGACAAUCUGAGGCAGUUUGUUUCUGAAGAAAGCCUCCAGUUCAGUGAAGAUGAGACUCCUUUCCAUCAUGUUCCCUUGGAUAAUGACUACUUGAGUUUGGUGGACAGCUCUUCUAACUCUGACUCACUAUCCCACAAGUCUAUAGCUGAUAAACUGUCAGAAGAAGUAGAUGAAAUCUGGAAUGAUCUGGAAAACUACAUCAAAAAGAAUGAAGAAAAGACCAGAGACCGUCUCCUUGCGGCAUUUCCAGUCAGCCAAGAUGAUGUCCAAGAAAGAUUACAUAUUGGGAGCACUCCUGAACUGAGCAAAGAUGUACAGUACUCACUGUCCACCCUUUCACUGCCUGAGUGUCCUCCUUUCCCCAAACCUGGGAAAAAUCGAGCAGUGAGAUUAAGCAGAGCGAACCUCCAAUUUGAAGAGGAUCUACUUUAUAAAGAAAGCUCCUUUAUGAAUCUUACCAGACUAUCUCCAACCAGUGAAAUACCUUUUAUAGAAAGCCCUUCCGAAUCAGCCAAUAGCAGCCUAUCCCAAGCGGAUUUGGAGAGCACUGAUCCAGGUGUGGAAGCCGUGGAUAAAACAAAGAAUAGAGUUCUCCUUAUGGCGAGGCAGUACAGUCAGAAGAUUAAGAAGGCUAAUCAACUUUUAAAAGUGAAAAGCCCCGAGCAAGAACAGCCAGUGAGCCAGCAAAACAAAUCAAGACACAAAGAUCUUGCUGCCAUAUUAGAGGAGAAGAAACAAGGAGGUGCUGCCAUUGGUGCUAGAAUUGCUGAAUAUUCCCAACUCUAUGACCAGAUUGUUUUCAGAGAGACUCCCCAUAAAAGACAGAAGGAUGACUGGCUAAGACCUCGGGAAUCAUUAGCCCUACGAUCUUCAUCACCUCUGACUGCUGCUCCUUCGCAGUCUCAGUUUGGUAAUGAAUGCAGGCAAGCAGAAGAAUGGCUUCUGAAUUCCACCUACAGUAAUGGAGAAUUAGCAGAUUUCUCUCCCUGGCAUAACAUUCCAAACACUAAACCCAAAUGCCUCCCUUCAGAGAUCAAUGCAAAAAGCACCACGAGACACUUACCAACGGCGUGCUCCGUGCCUUCGCUUCAGUUCUCUACUCCUCUGCACGGUCCCACACAAAGAUGGAGCGUCGUUAUAAGUCAGCCUAACAAAGAGAACUUGAAACAGGAUCACAUUUAUAACUCUUUGAGAAAGAGCAUGGUGAGCAGCAAGCCACAGCCAUACAGUCGGUCACAGUCCUCUUCUUCAGUGGUGGUGAACAAGUCAAUGGAAUCCAUAAAUUACCCCAGCGACCUUGGAAAGUACCAACUGGGUUUGCGCAAAAAUGUGAGCGGGGAGAGUCGCCAAGACUUGUUGCCAGGUACUGGUGGCACGGGACAGCAGAUUCCUGAGGACUGCUCAGAUAUGAUUCUGCAGGACUCACAGCAAGUUCUGGUGCUGAAUAAAAAUCAGCCAGUAAGUGCCCAGGUGGCUAAACAGAACUAUUUUUCCAAUUUCAAAGAAGCAGACGCAGAUGAGGAUGACGAUGACUAUGUAGAAAUAAAAUCUGAAGAGGAUGAGUCUGACUUGGAAGUCUCCCAGAAUCGCACAAAGAAACCUCACCCAAAGAUAAUUAUGGACUCUGACCUUUCUGAUAACCCCAGUAGCCAAAACGCAUCUUAUUCUUUAAGUAGUCCCUGUUCUCCAUCCAAAUCAGUGAACAACAAACUUGGUCUUUCACCUUAUAUGUCGGAGUUCAAUGAUACAGACAAAUUGAAUGACUACCUGUGGCGAGUGCCAUCUCCUAAUCAGCAGAAUAUUGUCCAGUCCCUAAGGGAAAAAUUCCAGUGUCUUAGCUCGAGCAGCUUUGCCUAAAGUUCUCAACAGCUUUGGACUGUUCUGACUUUUUAAACUUAACGAAAGUACUACAAAUACUGGCUUGAUGUAUUUUAUAGUGUUCCCAAUUCAGUCAUCGUUUCUCAGCGAUAUUGUAGCUGCAGAUGCGUAUGUUCUUUUCCACAGCAUAUGGAGAGGGCCGAAACUCCAGGAGCAUGGCCUAGCAGAGGUAACCUUCAAGAGGUAUAUUUCUGUAAUACCUAUUCCUUUCUUGGGAACCCUACUCUCAUGAACAUCUUUUGCCACCUUCUCCUCCUGCACUGUAAGAUUGGCAGUAAGGUAGUUGGUUGUACUUGAUUCCACAUCCUGUGAGAGUUCAAAAAUAUCAGUCAGUUGUCGAGAAACUGAGUAAUUCUGCAGUAGCUACACGCAUACGUCAAGGGACAAACUGCUUCACCACGACCGACAGAGCAGGUGACAGAAAGCAGAUUUGAUAGAGUGAAGCGAAAACGCAGAGCCGGUUUAAAGACGCCUGAAGAUGAGUUACCCCUAGAUCUGGCAUGUUUGUUCCAUUUACCAAAGAGAUCCAGAAGUGACAGAGGUUUUGUAUAUUUUUCAGUCUCACUCUGGCCCGACAGUGGAAUUGUAAUCUUCCAAGUCGGUCUCUGCUGAGACGCUCAGAUAAGCUGCCGGCUUCUGUGCCGAAGCUACGCAACCAAUAGGGACUAGAAAGCGUCAAGUGAAAAUUCUCUGAAGUUUGUAAGAAGAUGUCUUCCUAGGCAACUAUUGAAUGUUUUUUAAUCACUGAAAAAACAUGGUGAAUGUGGUGGAUUUAUAAGCACGAUUUCUGAGGUGUAAUGGCUCCUUCAAAGCUCAGCUCCUAGGGAAAAACGCACACUGAUCGAGUAAGCUGUACUAAAAAUCAGGUACUGUCAGUGGACUACUUGCAUAUUUUACAGUAUGAUAGCUGGGGAAACAGAUUCCCUAAAUUUUAUAUGGCACAAGACAAGUAGCACACUCUUGCAUAAGAUCAAAUAUUUUAAAGUUACCAAAAGAUGUAACCCUUCCAAAGGAAUUCUUGUGUACAUCUUCAUUAGUUUGAGGCCUAACCCACAGAAAACACUUUAACAGAGCUAAUGAUGACCGCUAAAAUGUCUAAAUAUAUUUCACAACGCAUUUGCUGGGCUUUUUUUGCUCUUUUGCAAAGAUAUUUAGUAACUCCUAAUUGCUGAUGGUCUAAGACCUAAACUUAAUAAUUUAAUAGCAAUGUGAUGACAUUCCCAACGUUAUUGUCACUGCACAUGCAAUAAAUAGGAGCCAUAAAAUUGUUGUGCAGCAGAGACUUGCUGCUUUGCAAAACCCCAAAAUAGGGAGAAGGAAGAAGCAGUAGCAGACAUUUCUGAAUAUCAUCUUUCGGGUGGAAUAGUUCUAGUUUUAAUCUAAAGUCUACGUGAAUAUCGCAGAAUUCUGAAGAUCUAACUUCCUGCAAAAAGGUUUCUAGACAUGUGGAUUCCAAGUUUUCAUUUCUCAUUGACUCUGCUUAUCCGUUAGUUCUUAAGAGAUAGGUACAGUUAGUAUAAUUAGGAGAAUCUACACAUUGCAUAUUGUAGAGGUGAGCAAUAUGUUUGGAAGAAGAAAUAGGAAAGGAAGAGAACAUCUUGCCUGUUACUUCAUCUUCUAAGUAUGAAUAUCACACUAAAUUAUAAGCACUAAGUAAUUCACCCUUUUCUAUGUCUAAGGUUUGUAACAGAGAUAAAUUACAAGUUAUCUCUCUUUAUGUCCCAUUCAGUGCUUCAUCAAACUAUGCCUAUGUUUCUUUUGCAUCUCUUGUCCCUCAAAAAAAAAGGUUGGUGUUUUUUUUUUAAAUCCUAGAACUAAGGAUUUCAUAUAAGUAUAGGAGCCCAUUCCUCUGAAUUUUUGAGGUAAUGGGAGAAGCAAAACUGAAAGGUAGCCAUCUCUUAAAAUCUAUUUUUGCAAAGUCCAUGAAAUGUAAGAAUUUAGAUUAACAUCUUUGGCUCAAAAAUGAAAUGUUUCCAUUUUAUCCCUCUUUGAAAUUUGGCAUUUAUUGGAUAUUUGGAAAGUAGCGCCAGUCAUUAUUACUCAGGUUUUAUUAUAAAUAAGUAUAGUUUUAGCUCAUCAUUCAUGCUUCUUUGCUUUGUUGCAUGUCUUUGCUUUCCAUUAUUUGGAAACAUAGCCUACAAAACCUAAAGAGCGCAACGUCCUUUAUUUUUCUUUCCCAUUGUACAUUAAAUUAGUAUAUUGACCAUAUUGAUAACACAAUGAAAGAGGCAUUUCAGUAAGUAUUAUCUGUAGUUCCACUAAUAAUACUUACUGAUACUUUCCUCUGUCCAAGUGUAUUAUUACAAAUGUGUACUCUAGAAACAAUAAUUGUUGUAUAUACAAUGUCCAAAGAAGAUCUGUAGUGUUGAACACAUUCUGUGACUUCUGUUUGCCUAAGAUGCAGAUUUUGAAGUUCCUGGUGCAAAUCUACCAAAAGCUUUGCUUAGAAGCAUGUGGUUUUGGAUUCUUUUUUUCACUUGCACUGGAGGAUCAGUUUAAUAAACAAGUUUAGUUUAAAUUCAGUAGGUGUAUUAGCUAUGAAAAAUUGCAACUAGUAAAUCACAGCUAAAGAAUAUUGUACAUAUAAUGAAAAUUAGUUCUACCCAUUAUUUAAUGAAAUUUAUCAAGUAUAAAGUAAAUCAUAGUGUGACUACGUGUGUUAUCACUAACAAAUCUAAAUUUCCCGAAUCAGGAGAAUAACAUUUAAAUGAUACAAAGGAGUAAUUUCAUUUUGUGCAGUGAGGGAUUCAAUAUGAAGGAAGAUCUGGACAAUAUGCAGCUUUUCAAGGGCCUUUUUAGACCUUUCUUUUCUAUACAUUCAGGGUACUUCAAAAGAUUUGUUGUUUUUACAAAUCUCAGCUGAAAUUGGCACACUCACUAAACUCUUGUUCUACAAAAAGGAGACGCUAUUGAUUUAUUAUUGAAUUUUAGUUUUUUCAAGAGCCUAAUAAACUUAAUAUGGUUGCAAUUCUUAGUUUUACUUCAUUUCUAAAAUGUUUGCCAGGAACAAGUUGUCAAAUCUCACUGACAACCAUUAAUACAGUAUAUUGUUUCUGUUCCAUGUUUCUGUUCUUUUCCACGUCCCAAUACAAAUACUGUCAACUCAGAUUAUACUUGGACUGAAUAAAGAUUGAACAAGGGCUGAAUAAUUAGAGAGCAUUUAUCUGGUCAAAGAAAAUUAAAUUUUCUAAAAUAAAAAAGUUUAACUGUCAUAAGAACUGAAACAACAUAGUCUAUCAAAUAUACCUAGGUGUCCCCACAUUAAGGUGAAGGUUAUCCAAAAAAAAAAGUUAUUUGCUUUACUGGAAACUAGACUUCAGUGAAACUUCUCUAAAUGACAGAGCAAAAAUGUGCCUGGAAUGGAAGUUGUGAAUUAAUUAAAUCCUGAGGCUGGAAAGAAAACGUGAAUAGAUUAAAAACAGCAACAGCUUUGAAUACAGUGGUGUGAACUUGGCAUUUAGAUAGCACUUGUCUCUUCCUAUUAUCAUUACUGAAAUAAGAAAUGAACUAUUUGCCCCAAUAAAUUUGGACCUUGACUCUAUGUACCUAAAUUGUUAAGAGCAAUUAUUAAUGUACUAUUGCUUGAGGUAGAGCUCUCAAACUUAUUUCAUUCUUUAAGCUUGUAUCUGGUGGUGGUAGUUGCAUUCUACUCCCAGACAGACAGAAUUCACCAAUGAAGUCACCAAUCCAAGAGUUUGUGCUAAUUUGUGUACUUCUUUAUUUCAGCAUUAAUGUAAAAUCUUGUCCUAUGGAUAAGACAUGGAACUUUUUGUUGCACUUUUUUCAUAGUUUGUUUUGUAAAGAUGAUGUAAAAAUGUAUGUACAUGUAGGAAACCUUUUAAAUCCAGCUUUUCACAUUUGUGCUUUGCUUUAAUGCUCAAUUUAAAAGCUUGUGAGUCCCAGGAAAAAUGUGUAAUUUUAUGCUACAUAGAAAAAGUUUAAGCAACACACAACACGUUUGCAAAAAUAAAAGUCUCAGUAGUUUGCUAUA